CAGGAGGGGCUGGCUCGGGCUGGGGUCCCGGAGCGGCGGCGGCGGCGGGCAGCGCGAGCCAUGCAGAAAUACGAGAAGCUGGAGAAGAUCGGCGAGGGCACCUACGGGACUGUUUUCAAGGCCAAGAAUCGGGAGACGCACGAGAUCGUGGCGCUGAAGAGGGUGCGGCUGGACGACGACGACGAGGGAGUCCCCAGCUCUGCCCUGCGCGAGAUCUGCCUGCUCAAGGAGCUGAAGCACAAGAACAUUGUCCGGCUGCACGACGUCCUGCACAGCGACAAGAAGCUCACGCUGGUCUUCGAAUUCUGCGACCAGGAUCUGAAGAAGUACUUUGACAGCUGCAACGGGGACCUGGACCCUGAGAUUGUGAAGUCUUUCAUGUAUCAGCUCCUGAAGGGUUUGGGGUUCUGCCACAGCCGGAAUGUCCUGCACCGGGAUCUGAAGCCCCAGAACCUGCUGAUCAACCGGAACGGGGAGCUGAAGCUGGCGGACUUCGGGCUGGCUCGGGCCUUCGGCAUCCCCGUGCGCUGCUAUUCGGCGGAGGUGGUGACGCUCUGGUACCGCCCCCCCGACGUGCUCUUCGGGGCCAAGCUGUACUCCACCUCCAUCGACAUGUGGUCCGCCGGCUGCAUCUUUGCGGAGCUGGCCAACGCCGGGCGGCCCCUCUUUCCAGGCAAUGACGUGGACGACCAGCUGAAGCGGAUCUUCCGGCUGCUGGGGACACCCACGGAGGAGCAGUGGCCGGGCAUGACGAAGCUGCCGGAUUACAAGCCGUACCCCAUGUACCCGGCCACGACCUCCCUGGCCAACGUGGUGCCGAAGCUGAGCACGACGGGCCGCGACCUGCUGCAGAACCUGCUGAAGUGCAACCCGGUGCACCGCAUCUCGGCCGAGGAGGCGCUGCAGCACCCCUUCUUCACAGAUUUCUGCCCCCCCUAGGCCCCCGCACGGCUGGGGGAGCACGUGGCCCUCAGCACCCCGGGUGCCCCGCUCUGCCACCCGCAGAGGGGCUGGGACCAGUGGGAUGCAGCAGGCCCCCCGCCGCCCAGCGCAGCCCUCCGUGGGAGCGCGACCACCGGGCCGUGCCUGGGAUGCCGGGGGCGGUGGGCGGGGG